CAGCGGCGCUUCCCCCGCCCCUCUGCGCAGGCGGGCACGGCCCGGGUUCGUGUCCCGCGGCGGAGCGGCCCGGAGAUGAGGAUGGAGGCGGGGGGGCUGCAGGAGGCCGCGGAGGGAAUGGCGCAGCCGGCUGCAGACAGCGAGCCCGAAGUGUUUGAGGCAGUGCUGCCAAUCACCGUUUUUGUGCUGAGCGAUGAGGAUUUUCUCCAGGAUGAUAAGGACCAGGAAGUGCCCAUUCCCGAGGUGGAGCAGGAGUUUAAAUUAAACAACAGCCUUUGCAUAAAAAAUGAAGCGGAGCCUUCAAACGACAGUAGCAGUGGAGGCAAUUGGGACGCGAACAAGAUUGUCUCAGAUGAAGAUAAUUGUGUUACGUACUCUGAGGAUAAAUGGUUAGCUGAGAGUGUGUGUAACGCAUCAAAACUAUCUUUAAGUGAUGGAUGUGGUGCAGACGUGGAUAAAUAUGGUCAAAAUUGCAUGUUACCUACAUUGUCUUGCAAAACAGAGCUUCCAGAAAUAAUAAAAUACAGUGAUGGAGAAGAUUGUGGUGAUAAUGGUGGCUUUCAGAAGAUUCCUCCUCUCCUCUCCUCUGCUGACAGUGACAGAGCUGACACUUUUGAGACAUUGGUGGUGGUACCCAAACAUGAAGAAGAACCUGUCAGUAUUGCAGGGCUUCUUUUUGAUGGCAGUCCAGAGAACCAACCAGAAAUCCACAAGGAACUGGAGAUAAUCGUUAAAAUGGAAGAUCCUGAUUUCUCAAAGAAUGGAGAUAAUGAAAUUGAUUACCUGAAAAUAAGCAAAUUUGAAGAUGAAACUCUGAAUUCUCUUUUGGAGCAUGGCUUGAAAGAAGAAGAGAAAUUUACCUAUAAUUGUUCUGAUCCAUUUCUUAAUGGAGGUUCUCCUACUUUUGAGGAACAUUCAGAGGAUGUAGGAAAACCUGACAUGAAUGCUUCCACUUCUGCUGAAUCAAAUACUACUGGAGAGCAUAUUUACAGGACGUUACCACCAGUCCCUAAGAGAAAAUACCAACAACAAAAAGUUGUUUCUUCUCAUGCAAGCCCAGAAGAGUUCCAGAGCAAGCAAGAAGGUUUAAAGUGGCUGAAUGAUAGUGUGACCAUCACACCUCUUCCUAAAACAUCUUGUUUUACAAAAGAGAAUGAAAGAUUGAGUUUCAAGUGCAGGUUUUGUAGUUCUGUGUAUAAAUGCAGUGCACACCUGAAAAAACAUAUUUAUUCAGCUCAUAAAGAUAAGAAAAUACAUAAAUGCUGCUUUUGUAAAAAAACUUUUUUCUUUUCUUUCAAUCUCAAGAAUCACCUUAAAUUUCAUAAGAAGAUUGCUAGGUUGCAAAAGGCAAGAAAAAAUAGAAUUAGUGCGAGAAAAGGGAGGCAAAAAGGAUCUGAAGACGGAGAAUCUGAGACUAAGAAAAAAGAAAGUAAAUACCAUAAAUUUUUCAUUAAAAUUGACAGGGACUUUACAUCUCUGGAUGCGCCAGUUAGAUUUUCCUGCAGAAUUUGCUUCUUUGCUUCAUCAAAUCCUAGGAGUUUUAUUCAUCACAUGAAGGGACACAAGGAAAGACCACCUUACCAGUGCCCUCAGUGUGAUUACUCCUGCAGCAGCUUGUCCUACCUGUUAAAUCACAUGUACUGGCAUGCUGGCUAUAAGCUCUACCAGUGCAGGUUCUGCACCUUUUUUUCACUGUAUUUUGCAAGUAUGGUGAGGCAUAGCCAUGUCCAUACACAGGAUAAACCAUAUUCCUGUGAGCUGUGCCAGGCAGCAUUCACCAGCACCUCAGGGUUGGAGAGACACAGGAGGAUACACGCAGGGACAGAAACGUGCCAAGGACAGCAACCCGACUGCCUGAGUGGGAGAAAGAGAACUGAAAAACCUCCAAAGAAUUACACAUGUGAAGAAUGUAACCUGGUGUUCUACACUAAAGGACAUCUCAGCUUUCACAAGAAAUUUCAUGAACAAUUAAAGGUUAAUGGUUCUAUGAGUCAGAGCAAUAAGUACUGUAACAGCAAAAUACACAAAACUGAUGGUGAUUCUCAGGGCCAUGUUUCUCACUCUCUUUUUGGUAGAGAAAAUGAUUGUCUGGGUAAGGGAAUCAUGGCUUCAGAAGUAGAGUUUGAGCAAGCAGAUGGUGUGUGGGACAAUGAAAAAAUACGCCCUGGAAAGAAAUUUCUUGAAAACAGCCAAGGAGGCAACAGCCUGGGUGUUACUGGAAAUAGAUCAGAAGUUCCUCAGACCUCUUACCAAAUGGACACGAUCACUUAUAGAGAGGAGCCUUUCUUCAAAUCAGAGGCCUCUCUUUCACGAGUGCAAGAGGAUGCUUCAUUUCAUAACUUUGUGGAAAACUUGGAGGAUACGUGUGCUUCCAAUUUAAAUACAUUCCAAACAUAUAGAUGCCAGCACUGCAGUUAUGUUACUGAUGUUCCUAACAACUUCAGGCUGCACCUAAAGGUACAUACAGAUGAAAGACCAUUCGUGUGUAAAGAGUGCAAUGAGGCAUUUAAAACAUCAAACCAUUUGCAAAAACACAGCCUUCUUCAUGUGAAAAAUGGACAGGAGUUUGGAAGUUUCCACUUUGUAGAGAGGUGUUUGGAGAAUCUUGAAUUGCAUCGUGAAAUCAAUGGAGGCACAUACCCAGAAAGGGAUGGUUUGGGUUUCUGCAAAAGCAUAAACAGCUCCUUGCUUGGUUCAGAAGUCUGUGGAGUUCCACAAGGUGUUCAAAGGGGCCCAGUAAAUGAUGUGCAAACACAAAGUCAACCACUGUUAUAUCAGUGUACAGAAUGCAGCUACGCUACUGGCUUUUUGAACAACCUGGAACUCCACAUCAGAACUCACACAGGUGAGAAGCCCUACAGCUGCAGCGUUUGUCAGAAGAAGUUCCGUACUUCCAGUCACCUGAAAAGGCACAGUCUCACCCAUUUGACCAUGGGCCAUUUCAAGUGCAUGGGCUGUGACUACUCAACCGGCAAAUGGCUGUCCUUGAAGCAGCAUCUGGCUUCACACACCGGGGAGGGAACCUCCUCUCCUGGCUGCCUCUACGAGCACAAGGAGCUGCCUGUCAAGACGUACAGGUGCGAAGAGUGUGGCUAUUGCACAGCCCACAAUGGGAACUUGAAGCUCCACAUGAGGAUCCACACGGGGGAGAAGCCAUUCCAGUGCGGGCAGUGCUCCCUGGCUUUCCGCACCUCCAGCCACCUCAAGCGCCACUUGCUGACUCACCUCAAGCUGCACUGCAGGAGGUGCAGGUAUUCCACAACGGAUAAACAUGCUUUCCAAAAGCAUAUAAAAAUGCACAAAAAGAAGUACAAGUGUGCAAACUGUAAUGUGGUGCUGCCCACCAGAAAAAUUCUGGAGAAGCAUAAGCAGCAGCACAAGCAGCAGCACGAGCCUGGAGUGUGAGGUUGAGAAUUGGAAAUUGGUGCUUGGUUUUAGACAGGUUUGAAUGUCUUAGAUUUUUUCAUGGCUUUAUGUUCCUUUGCUGUGUGCAGAGCAAUGCCUGGUAAUGGAUGCAUCCAGCAUUUUGUUUGAGAGAGUGAAAUUUGGGGUACUGAUCUGCUGCAGGUGUUUCUGAGAACAUCAGUUCUAGCACAGGCUGUGCUGAAGAUCUUGGAGACACUUUUUCAUCCCUGAGUAACUGCUUCAGUAGAGGUCAGUUAUUUUGGCCAGUGUUCAUCUGUGUUUAAACAGCUAUUCUGCACCACCUAUUUUCUUGUAAAAAAUAUAGCAAGAAAAAAAAUCUCUAUUGUAACUGAAAGAAUGUCUAAAGGGAGGGGAGGAAGGGAAUGUUAUAUUUUAUAGUAAUAACUUUUAAUAUAAAAAUUACCAGUGUAUUUGGAGGCUUAAUGCUACCUCCCAUCUGCUGAAACUUGCCUCCUUUACUCCCAGGUGCUUUUGCAAUACUUGUAAGAGGGAGGAAAAAAAUAGUACCUCGCUGCAUUAGGGAAACAAAACAUGCAAGUCAUCACGGGGUAAUUGUGACAUGAAAAUGUUUUCCGUGUGUCUGUAUGUGUAAGAUGUUUAUUAAGCUGUUACCUUGUCUGCAGUUUUGGUAAUUUUUUGAGUAGUCCGACAGAAAUGGUAAUGUGUCCAGAAACACAUAUUUUAUGAUACUGGGAAUCUUUAAUCUUCAGUUUUAUGUGAAUGUUCAGUGUUAAUCUAGUAUGAAAUGCCUUACCUUUUCUCAGGUUGGUAGUUAUUGUGUUGUUUAUUUACUUCUGUUAAUAUGAAAAGUUGCUGAUAAUUGUGAAUGCUAUUUAGUUAAAAUGAAAACCCUAGCAGUACCUGAACCUGUUAAAUUUAUUUUAAGAACUUUACUCUUGGUCUAAAAUACUCCAUGGUGUGUAAGAACCAUUGUACUAUGCAGCAGUUGGUGCAGGGCAUGGUGAACCCAGAUGAUGCUGCUUCCAAUUUAUAUUCAAAUCUAGACAAAUCUUCGGAGUUGUGCAGUGCCAGCAACUGUUGAAUGUGGUAAGUGGUUUUAGGAUAACAGUGUGUUAUCCUCUUAUGUGAGGAAAGACAACAGCAAAGGACUAGUGCAAACUGUCCCAAUGCUACAGCUCAGUCCAUGGAGCAGCAGAACGAACUUGUGGUUUAAUUUAGAGAAUGUAAAUGUGGAACUCAGUGCUUUUUUUUUUUCUGCUCCUGGAUGUGUGCCUUUCUGUGGAAAUACAGAUAAUGCCUUGUAGAGGCUUUCUGGUAACGUAGGAGACAGGCUGAGAAGGGCUGCCCAGAGGGGUAGUGGAGUUCCCCUCCUUCUUUCAGGUAUUUAAAAGUCAUCUGGAUGUAAUCCUGGACAGCUGGCUCUGGGUGGCCCUGCCUGAGCAGGGCCUUGUCUUCAAGAACUCUUGCAGCCAUUCUGCGAUUUGGAAGACAGUUUUCCAAUAAUGGAUUGAAACUCAUGGACAGAUGCACAUUUUAAGGCCAGAUCAGCAAAGAUAUUCAAGUGAUCCAGUUCUUUGCAGCUUCAAUAACAUCAGACAAGUAUCUGUGCCUGAACUGUGGUGGUUACAGAUGAGUGAUUUAGACCUUGGAACCACCUAAUCCAGUUGUGAGAAAGAAGAAUGUUAUGCUGUAUGAAGAAAGGAAAGAACUUCUUUCUUUUAUAUAAGUAUUUUAGGAAAUAUUUCUUAAUAUUCCUUGGAAAUACUAAUGGUUACUCAAGCUUGGAUGAAUUUUUACCUGCAUUACAUAACAAUUCUGAUAAUUUAUUUGAAAAGAACAGGUACAAAGAGAAAACCAAAAUACUGAUGGAAUUGUAACCUUUAUAUCAGAUGAGGCUAGGAAGGCUAAAUCUGAUAGAGCACAGUUGUUUAAAAGUAUGCUUUACAACAAUAAUGAAGAGAGCCUGGUUUAGGGGGGUAAAUUAACUACAGUAAAGUUUUAAAGAGUUUGUAAGUAUAAAUUUCUUCAAGUUAUAAGUAAGAACAAGAAGGUAUUUUCUGUUGGAGAUUGAUGAUUUUGUAAAAAUAAUUAGUCCUAGUCUCUACUAACAAAAAUAAAUAGUUCAAGAAUUCCUGACGUUGCUUUCUGUUCCUUAUGCACUGCACUGGAUUUUUGGGAUUUCAGAGGUAUUCUCAGUCUGCUAAGUCAGUGAAAUUUAAAGGUUGAGGCAUAUUCAGUUUCAGAUAAGAUGUGGACUGUUGUUGGGUUUUUGUUUUUUUUGGUAGCUAGAAGUGUAAUAUUUUUUAUUCGUGUAGUUUAAACAAAAAUCAAAUCUAUAAAGUUUCCCAUUUGAACCAAAAAGCUUAAUAAUUUUCUCCAUGAAAAUAUCCUGAAUUUGGACAAAAUGGAAAUGUAACAAGACAAAUUGAGCAAAAGGCCUUUUUUACCUGCUGUACAUCUGCUAAUUAAAUGAAUAUAAGUUAAAUUGGAGGUGAUGUAAAUGAACAAUAGUAACUCAGA